GGAGGGGCCCGGGUGGCGCGGCUCCGGGGUCGGCGUCCCCCACCCCCUGUCACGAUGAGGCGCGGCGAGCGGCGGGGCCACGCAGGCGGGCCCGGCAAGGCGGCGCUGGAGGAGCAGCCACCCGACCUCGGCGCCCUUGCAGCGGCGGGGGUCCGCGGAGACGCGCUGGCCGCUUGCCCGGCGGCCGCCCACGGGGCCCGGCGCAGCACCGAGUCGGAGGUGUACGACGACGGGACCAACACCUUCUUCUGGCAAGCACACACCUUAACAGUCCUGUUCAUCCUUACCUGUACUCUGGGAUAUGUGACCUUACUUGAAGAAACCCCACAGGAUACAGCCUACAACACCAAAAGAGGUAUUGUUGCCAGCAUUUUAGUCUUUUUGUGUUUUGGAGUCACUCAGGCUAAAGAUGGGCCAUUUUCAAGACCUCAUCCAGCUUACUGGAGGUUCUGGCUGUGUGUCAGUGUUGUAUAUGAGCUUUUCCUCAUCUUCAUACUCUUUCAGACAGUACAAGAUGGAAGACUGUUCAUGAAAUUCAUCGAUCCAAAUUUAGGAGUCCCCUUGCCAGAAAGAGACUAUGGUGGGAAUUGCCUUAUGUAUGACCCAGGCAAUGAGACCGAUCCAUUUCAUAAUAUCUGGGACAAACUGGAUGGCUUUGUUCCUGCUCAUUUCCUUGGCUGGUAUAUAAAGACACUUAUGAUUCGUGACUGGUGGAUGUGUAUGAUCAUCAGUGUAAUGUUUGAAUUUCUGGAGUACAGUCUAGAACAUCAGCUUCCAAACUUCAGUGAAUGUUGGUGGGACCAUUGGAUUAUGGAUGUACUCUUAUGCAAUGGACUUGGCAUUUACUGUGGAAUGAAGACUUUAGGGUGGCUUUCCUUGAAAACAUAUAAAUGGCAAGGGCUUUGGAACAUUCCCACUUAUAAAGGUAAAAUGAAGAGAAUUGCCUUCCAAUUCACACCAUACAGUUGGGUUAAAUUUGAGUGGAAGCCAGCAUCCAGCCUUCGCAGAUGGCUAGCAGUCUGUGGUAUUAUGUUUGUAUUUUUAUUGGCAGAGUUGAACACUUUUUACUUGAAGUUUGUCCUCUGGAUGCCUCCAGAACACUACUUGGUCCUACUACGACUUGUCUUUUUUGUGAAUGUGGGCGGUGUAGCCAUGAGAGAAAUCUAUGACUUCAUGGAUGACCCGAAGUUCCAUAAGAAGUUGGGUCAGCAGGCCUGGCUGGUGGCUGCGAUCACGGUCACGGAGCUCCUCAUUGUCGUAAAAUAUGAUCCCUACACCUUAACGUUGUCACUUCCUUUCUACAUCACUCAGUGCUGGAUCCUUGGGAUCAUGCUUGUGCUCAUAUGGACAGCGUGGCGCUUCUUCAUUCGUGACAUCACCUUGCGGUACAAAGAGAUAAGAAGGCAGAAGCAAGAACACAAAUACAGGACUGACAAGUGUCUGAGCAACGGUGACAGACUUUCUGCUUUGGCAGAUGAGCCCAGUGGGAAUAAACUGAGAGAGAAAAAACUUUGAGCCUGAGCCACAAAUUAAGGGCUAAGUGGAUUAUUUUACUGGAGUCGAUGUAACGUGACUUGCAAGUUUAACCCUACCUAAUUUUGUAAGUUUCAGUGUUUUCUCGUGUGUGAGAAUCCAGUUGGGAAAGAUGUCAUCUAAUCUUGUUUGCAGAAGAUGUUUACAGCUAACGUUAGAAGCAAAGUUUCCCUCCCCCAACGGAAGGGGUCUCCAUCUGAGUGUGUUUUUAAAAUUUUUUUGUCUCACCUCGCAAGAAGGGAGACUGGAAAGGCUUGGAGAGGUGAAAGGGAAUCCAGGAGCCCCAUGUCUGGAAUACUGUUACUGCUCGGGAGCACAUUCUAUGAGAUUAUGUGCACUGCGAAGAACAAUUGAGUUUUUCCUGUUGAAACAACUGCCAUGAACUGUGGUGUAACACUCAUGUCCUCUUGAUUCAUUCACUUACCAGGGGCACUGUUAGCAAGAUAAACGGAGGGCUGCAGUUGAAGCCAGAGGACAGACUGCAUCCCUUGCACAGCCUGCCGAUUCCGGCUGCCUAUUUCUCAAAGCAAAGGUGCAUGACCUUGAAACAGCCUCCUGUUUCAUACAACAUCAUAAAUACCUCUCAGUCCACCUGAUCAUCUCGUUAGGCCAGCAAGUUUUAAUUUUGUUGUCUUACUAGCUAAAUAGAGCAAGUGAAAGCUAACACGCGUAGAAGAGUCAAGUCCACCAAAGUUGUGUGUUCUUUGCCUUAUUCUUCCAUAGAGUCGUGUUCUGCUCUUUCCAAGGCCCUGAGUGCUUCAGUCGUGGCCCCCCAUUUAUACAAGGCAGAGAGUGUCAUUUGAUCCUCUGGAGCCGCUUAAAUGCACUAAAUACCGUGGGGAUGGGGAUACGCCACUGCAGUGUACACAGUCAUCCUUUGGACGGUUGGAGGCUACAGCUGACAUGGCCUCCAGUUCAAGAGUGCUGGUUGUCUCCUCUUGCCUCCUGGAACAACGCUUGGGCACAGGGUGUCCAUGUUUAUAAACCACCUUUUCUAUGAUGACAGUUGUUAUCAUAGGAACUUGUUGCACAUUCCUAAAACAGCUAUGCGGGUUUUUCCUUUUAUGUGUAACACUGAAUUAAAUUUCAUCUCAUCAGUCCUAAAUCUGUUGAAACUUUUAGAAAUUUAUUUUGAAGUGAAGUGAGUAUAAGCUAAGCGUUCUAAGCCUCGUCUUGCCUCCAUCCACAUAAAAUCUCUAAAAAUACUGCUGAUUAAAGCACAAUGCGUCUCAGACCUUGGCUCGCUUUCAGUUGAUACUUGAAUGGUAAUAGUCUGCCUUCCCUUUGUUUCUACAAUGACACUAAUAUAGUUUUCUUUUAAACAAUGGAUGCUUUCAGCAGGGCAAAAUGAAAAAAAACAACAUUCCCAUUAAAAUGAAUUUUUCAAAGUUUAGCAAAUGAAGCAUUCUUUAGCACAGUACAUGAGUGAAGGAACUCAUCUUCACAUGAAGGUUAUUGAUUCGUGCAUAAUGUAAUGUUAAGACUUUGAAUGGCUGGUAUUUAAAAUUAGAAUUUCUCUGCUGCUCAGUAAUAUACUGUGGGCUGUAACUAGACACUAACAGACUUCUCUGAAGGGCAUAUGCCAAGUUGAACUGAUAGGUAUAAGAAGCCUUUCCUACACAUGGAUGCAGUACAUUUUUGAAACUGCGGGUUCAUUUUGUACCUGUCUUGUGAACUGACUAGAGGUAGUACUUGUGCUGGUGUGACCCCAGUUUUACGAGGCUUGCAUGGGCAUAUAGGCUAUUCUUGUACUAGUGAACUCUGCCCUUCUUGUAAUUUUGUGUUGUAAUGUCCUCCAUGUAAUCCUGGUGGUAACAAGUGCAGUGGGACAAACUUGAUAGUUUUUUUAAAAACAUUUCUUUUGUUAGGAACCAAUUACAUAACAUUUCAAGCAUAAGAGGCAGGAAAAUGGUUUCCCACAUUGACGUUGACCUACUCUCAGACUUCCUUUUAUACUGAUCUUCGUUCAUUGAAAUAUUGAGCUUUACAGUUAGUCUGUACAACUGAACAAGUGUAAUAAAAGGAUGUUUGCUGAUGUAC